CGGAGCAGAAGCCAACUGUAAUGUCUUUUUCCACAAUCUGUUUGGGCUUUUGUUAAAUUCGAUUUUAUGUGUCGAUGUUUCGAUGGUCCAUAUCGACAGGACUGCUUGAAAUCUACCGGGUAAGACUGAAAUGCAACUUUUAAACUAGGCUUCUGUGCACAACCUAAUCAAAAUAUGAGUGAGAACGAAACGAUUAGCCUUCCUGUGGGCCCACAACCGGACGUCACGUACCCUAUACGAGUACUUUAUUGUGGGAAUUGCUCGUUGCCUAUUGAGUAUUGUGAAUACUAUCCUGAAUAUGAAAAAUGCAAACAGUGGUUGGAGCGCAACAUGCCAUCAGAAUUUGAAAAAGUGCUUAAGUUAGGUGACAAAGAUGAAAAUGAACCUGGGGGAGAAGAAGAGAAAAAACGGCAGAAAAGAGGUGGAAAGGCUUUGAUGAAAGCUAAAAAGAAGGAAGAUGGCCCAAAACAAGUUUGUAUUUCUCGUGCUCCUCGUGGAAAAAAGAAGUCUGUAACUGUUGUUACUGGUCUAAGCACAUUUGACAUAGAUUUAAAAGUGGCUGCAAAAUUCUUUGGCACAAAAUUUGCAUGUGGAUCUUCUGUAACGGGAGAAGAUGAAAUAGUAAUUCAAGGUGAUGUUAAAGAUGAUUUGUUUGAUAUUAUCCCAGAAAAGUGGCCAGAAAUUGAUGAAGAUAGCAUUGAAGAUUUAGGAGAUCAGAAGAGGUAGUGCAGUUAUUAUUUUUCUAUUUAUUGUAAUAAAUAAUUAUAAUAUUUAUAUUUGUGGAAUUGGUCACUUGUAUAUGUUAACAAAUAAUAAUAAAGGCAACCAUGUAUCUAAGUAA